AUGACGUCACCACGGCAGACCGAAUGGAUGACACGCACCGUCGAUUCUUUCAUGACGAUGCAGCAGGACGAGGGAGUGGAUCCCCCAGGGCCGCAGUCGUUCAAGGACGGCAUGUGCGGCUAUCUUCUAAAGCUCUACGGCAAGGGUACGCACCGGGUAUGGCGCAAGAAGUGGUUCUACCUCAUGGAGGAUCGCUUAUGCUACACCGAAAACGAAGACACGCUCGGGCCGAUCAAGUACCUGCCGCUGGACCGGAUCCCAGUGCGGCCGUACCCCCGGGGUUACAAACCGGACAUUGGAGUGUCUAUUCUUACUGGGAACAUGCUGUCCACGUCCAAGACGUUUGACAAGUGCUGUUUCAGCAUACAAUGCGGAGAAAGCACCCACUUUCUGGCGGCUGAUACAAAGGCCGAGGCGCAGCGGUGGGUGGAAGCCUUGGUGGAGGCGUGGCGGUACUACGUCCAGAACGACCGGCGGAUGUCGCACGGAAUGACCGGAACGAUGCGGACGGAAACCAUGCGGACGACGCGGACGAUUGGCGGGUCGUACAAGGAGGAGCUGGAUCAGACGCGCGCGUCGCUUCAGCACCUUGAGAGCGAGCACGCGCGCAAGGAGGCGGAGCUCCACCGCCAGUGGCUGGCCGCCCAGGAGCGCGCGAUCGCGGCCGAGCAAGCGCUCGCGCGCGAGCGCGCGCGCACGGAGCUCUACCGCUUCGAGAUCCACACCAGCGACCGGAAAGGCGCCGGAACGGACGCGCGCGUCUUUCUAGAGGUUCUCGGCGCCGGCCCGGGGCAGUCCAGCGGGGAGCUGUGGCCGGGGAAUCCUAAAGGCUAUCCCCCGGGGCAUAAGCUAUUCCAGCGCGGAGCGGUGGAUAUUUUCGAGCUCCCGGGGGGUGCUUUACCGGGCGAGAUGAGGGGGCUGAGAGUGGGGCACGACGGGUCGGGGGGGAGCCCCGGGUGGUUCCUGGAAAAGGUCGUGGUGACACGUGGCGGCUCGGGAGUGGAUGAGAGGAAAGAGUUCGUCUGCGGGCGGUGGUUAUCGGCGUCCGAAGAGGACGGGAAGCUGGUCCGGGAGCUGUCUGCGGGCGGCGCCACGUCAUCAGAGAGCUGCAGGUACGAGGUCACUGUCCGUACCAGCGACCUCAAGGGCGCGGGCACAGCGGCACCAAUCACGUGCUCUCUCCGCGGUACCAAGGGCGAGAGCGGUCCGCACUUGCUGGAGAAAUCCAGUACCGAUUUCCAGCGGGGAGCGGUCGACGUUUUCCUGAUCGAGGCACGCGACCUGGGCGAUCUGUCCGAAGUCGUCAUCGGACACGACGGCCGGACGGCGACGGACAGCUGGCACUGCGAACAGGUUGAGAUUCGGGUUAGGGGCGAAAACCCGUUUGUUAGUAUGGAAGGAGUUUCAAGCCCGACCGGUUCGGGCAAGUUCAGCUCGGUUGGGCUGUUGGAGAAAAGCGGCGGAGCGACCGGAAGAGACUCACCGAGGCAGAAGGACGGAGCGAAAAGAAGCUUGGAAGCGACCGGUAGCGAUUCCCCGAGGCAGAGAGAUGGGGGUAACAAGGGCAUAGAAGCGACCGGGAGAAAGGACCGGGCGUUCUUCUUCCCGUGCGAUCAGUGGUUCGACGCGACGCAGGGCGACGGGUUAACGCGCAGGGUUCUGCGGGUUACGCGCGACGACCCGCGGGCGUCCCUCGUGGGUUACCUUUUCCGGGUCACGACCAGCGGAAUCCGCGGGGCCGGAACGGACGCCUGCGUUUCCGUGGAGCUUCUGGGGGAGGGGAAAGCGUCGAGCGGCGAGCGACAGCUGCAGAGCAAAACCGGGGAGUUUGCGGCGGGGUCAACGGAGGAGGUUAAGCUAACCGCGAAAGACGUGGGGUCGUUGAGCAGGGCGAGGCUGCGGAUUCGACACGAUAACAGCGGGUUAGCGCCGGACUGGCACCUUGACCUGGUUGAGGUCGUCAACACCAAGACGGGCGAGCGGGCGUAUUUUCACUGCGGGCAAUGGCUGUCUAAAACGCAGGGCGACCGGCAGGUCGCCCGGGAGUUGCAAGCGGUGUUAAAAGACCCCCGGAAGGAGCGGACCCGGUGCAAGGUGGUUAUUCACACCAGCGACCUGCGGGGUGCGGGAACGAGCGCGAGCGUGUCUCUGGACUUUGGUGUGAAUAAGUCCGCACCAAUCCUGCUUCCAGCCGGGCCGGAGGCCUUUUCUCGGGGGUUAGAGAACGUGUUUUUCGUCGACGUUCCUGCGCAGGUUACGGAGCUGAACCGAGUUACGGUUAGCCACGAUAACACGGGGCCUAACCCGGGGUGGCACUUGGACUCUCUCGAGGUAGUCCCGCACUUUGAGUGCUCGUGCUCGGCCUGUGAGAAGGGCGGAACGUCUAGCGGGUACUCCGCGGGAGACAAGAAGCAGUCUGCCGCGAAGAAGACGAUGUACUUCCCUUGCAAAAAGUGGUUCGACAAAGAGAAGGACGACGGACUUAUCUCACGGGAGCUCUUGGCUUCGUCGGUUGACCCCCGGAAAGAGACGCUAACCUACAAGGUUACGGUGGUAACCGGGUCUUGCAAGGGUGCCGGAACAGACUCCGAGGUUUCUAUCACUCUCAUUGGAGACAAGACCGACAGCGGAUCAGCGCGGGUGUUACAAGGCCCCCCCGGGGCGUUCUCCCGGGGCUCGCGGGACGUAUUCACACUGCCGCUUUCCAACUUGGGCGAUGUAAAGAAAGUGCGGAUUGGGCACGAUGGGAAGGGGCUCCAACCGGGCUGGUUUUUGGACUUGGUAGAAGUAGAACUGGGGGAGAAGAAGUGGUACUUCCCCUGUCACGCUUGGCUCGGUUCGCCGGACGGAGGAAAGUUGCAGGGCCCGGUCAUGAAGGAAAUGUCCGCAGCAAGCCGAGGGAGCUCCCUCGUUUCGGGGGGAUCGUCUAACGUCUACAGGGUUAGCAUAACUACCAGCGACGUCAAGGGCGCGUCGUGCGAUGCAAACGUCAGCAUUACCUUGUUCGGCGAGAAGGGGGACUCGGGAUCGAGAGCGCUGGAAAAGCCCGGGAGUUUUAACCGGGGACAGACGGACGAGUUCUUCCUGGAGUGUGAACAGGCCCUGGCAGAGCUGGUGAGAAUACGCCUGGGGCACGACGGCUCCGGGCUCUCCCCGUCGUGGCACGUGGCACACGUACGCGUCGCCACGAUGGGUUACAGCCCCGGGUCAACGAAACCCGACCUGGUGUUAAAGGAAUGGCUGUUCCUCUGCGGGAACUGGUUUGACACCAAGCACGGCGACCGGCAGACCGUGCGCGAGCUGGCCCCGGUCGCCAAGGGCGAGAAGCCCGCGCCUCUAGUUCAGUACGAGCUGGCAAUCUACACGUCUGACGUCAAGGGCGCCGGGACUGACGCCACGGUCCACGUCACCCUGUACAGUGACGUCAGCAACACGUCACAGAAAAUUCUGGCGUGCGGACCCGAGGCGUUUGAGCGGGGAUCGUGCGACCGGUUCGCUAUCGAGGCUCCGGACGUCGGUCCGUUGCGGAAGCUGCGGAUCGGACACGACGGAAAAGGGGCGCGCGCGGAAUGGCACCUGGACAGGGUGGAGGUCAGUGUGAAAACCCUCGGGAGCAAGACGGGCGCGGCCGCGGCCGCGGCGAAGGCGCCGAUUUACACCUUCCCCUGUGGGCGGUGGCUCGCGAAGGGGCGGGAGGACGGGGCGAUCGAGCGGGAGCUGCUGGCCGGCGGGGGCGGCGGAAAGGUCGCAUACAAGGUCACGGUCUACACCGGCAGCGAUAAGGGCUCCGGAACGGAUGCUGACGUGGCGGUGACGUUCGCCGGAGAACGCGGAGAGAGCGGCCCCCACAAAUUACUGGGGACGGGCGACUUGUUCGAGCGGGGCCAGGUUGAUGACUUCAGCAUCGAGUCGAAUGACGUGGGCGAUCUGAAGACGCUGCGCGUGGCGCUGUUGGCUGCCGGGACGAAGGAGAGCUGGCUUCUGGACCUGAUCGUCAUCGAAGCGUUCCACCCGACCGGCCCCGAGAAGAAGGCGCUUCUACCGGGCACACGCUGGUUCUUCCCCUGCCGUCAAUGGCUCGGAGAACGCAAACCGGGGGGUCUCUCCUGCCUGCUUUCAGCUAGUACUCAAGACCCCCGGGAAAAGAGACGGCGCUACAAGGUGAUAACUCUGACGAGCGAUCUCAAGGGCGCAGCUACUGAUGCAAAUGUCAGCGUGACGUUAUACGGCGUCAGCGACCGGGGGAAGGCUUCCGUGGAUUCCGGUGUGAGGAAGUUGGUGGCUAACGGAACCGGGGCGUUCACCCGGGGGCAUAGGGACGAGUUCGAACUAGAGUGCGAGGAUUUGUGCGAGCUGAAGAAGAUUAAGAUCGAGCACGACGGAACCGGAAAAGAGCCGGGGUGGCAUUUGGCGGAGGUGCGGGUGCAAAGUUUGGGUUCUGCGAGCUUCUCAAAAACAGGGCCUCUGGAUUCUGCGACUAACGCAGGCAGAUUGGGGGGCCCUGUAAACGAGCAGGUGAUCAAAGAGUGGGUCUUCCCGUGUGACCAAUGGCUCGACGCGCGGCACGGCGACCGGUGGACGGCCCGGGAGCUGUUUCCGGCCGGGUUAAGCAACGCGGUCAAGCGGACUGUUAAGUACAAACUGAAGCUGUACACUUCGGACGUUAAGGGCGCCGGAACGGACGCGGAUAUCUCGGUAGUGUUCCUCGGUGAGAGCGGCAGCACGGGGGAACCCCAAAAGCUUCCGGCGACCCAGGAGGCCUUCGAGCGCGGCUCGUGCGACGAGUUCACUCUCGACGCUGCUGACGUGGGCAGUGUGAAAACCCUCCGCAUCGGACAUAACAACACCGGGCCCUCCCCGGCCUGGCACCUCGACCGGGCGGAGCUGGAAGUUUUAGACUUCCCCGGGCAGGGCGGGAAGCCUAGAAAGUACCUCUUUCCGUGCGGGAAGUGGUUCGACGCGCAGAGGGGGGACCGCCUGACGCAGCGCGACCUUUCCGCGGUGGACUUUAACACCAACUCCCGGGGUGUUUACACCGUCACGUGCCAUACGAGCGAUCUCCCGGGCGCAGGAACCGACGCAGGGGUGGGUGUGAUUUUGACCGGGGAGAAGGGCAUAAGCGGGCCGCAUAAGCUGGAGGCAAACGGGGCUCUGGAGGCGGCGUUUGAGAGGGGAAGGGUGGAUAAGUUCAAGCUGCCGGAGUGCGAGGCGCUCGGGAAACUGAUCAGCAUCAGGAUCGGCCACGACGGCAGGGGCACCCAUCCGGCCUGGCAUCUGGACUUCGUCGAAGUCCACGAGAGCGCGUCAAACCAAACCUGGUACUUUCCCUGUAACCAGUGGAUCGACGAAGCCUGCCGCCUGACUGCUCCGCCUUCCGCCGGCGCUAACCCGGCUCUUAACCGGGAACUGCUCGCGAGCGCGCGCGACCCGCGGCUCGACCGGCGGGUUUACUCGCUAACCACGUUCACGACCGACCUCAAAGCGGCGGACACCGACGCAAACGUGACGGCGACUCUGUACGGCGAGAAGGGUAACUCCGGGGUUAUAAAACUGGUUAGCCCUAGCCUGAAAAGCGCGUUUCAGCGCGGGCAAAAGGAUACGUUCAGCGUGACGUGUCAGGAUUUGGGCGAAGUGACCAAGAUUCGCAUCGGGCACGAUAACACGGGGCAGUCGCCUAAUUGGCACUUAACCGAGGCGCGGUUAAGCGAACCCGGUUCAGGUAAGGCGUGGGUGUUCCCGUGCGGACAGUGGUUUGACGCGGACGACGGAGACCGGCAGAUCGUCCGGGAGCUGUUCGCGCGCCCGGCGGACUGCUCUAACUACACGGUAACCGUGUACACGUCAAACAUCGAGGGGGCAGGCACGGACGCCCACGUCAGCAUGACGCUGUUCGGCGAGAAGGGCGACACGAAGAAGCUGCGGCUGCCCGCGAAGCGCCACGGGCUCGAGCGCGGCGGGAUCGACACGUUCCAGCUGUCCGCGAAAGACGUGGGCAAGAUUUGGACGCUCCGGAUCGGACACGACAACCGCGGAUCGCGGCCGGCGUGGCACGUGGACCGCGUCCAGGUCGUCGUGGAGGGCGACACGUGCGGCAUUCACUACUUCCCGGUGGACCAGUGGUUUGACGCUAACCGGGGAGAUGGGUUGGUGGAGAGGGAGAUCCCGGCGCAGUUAACCGAGCCGAAGAAGCGGGUUAAGUACACGGUUAGGGCUUAUACAAGCGACAUUGACCAGGCGGACGCAGACGGGGAGGUGAGCGUGGUUCUGAAAGAAAAGAAUGGAACCGAGAGCGGGCCGCAUAAGCUAUCAAGCUGCGACAUAAGCUAUUUCCAGCGGGGGGCCGAGGACGUCUUCCUGAUAAGCUGCUCGUCGAAGCUGAGCGACCUGGCCUCGCUGCUGGUCCUCUUCGACGGUAAAACAUCGAAGUCGAAGUGGCACUUAGAAUUGGUCUCGUUGGAAGAAGACGCGACCGGUAGGAAGUGGUUCUUCCCUUGUGGGCAGUGGAUCGGAGCGGUACGUACCGGGCAGAAGCUAGAGCUGGGCGCGGUGGAUAUCGACCCUCGCUUAGAGAAGCACCGGUACAAGUUCGAGAUGGCGACCAGUAACGUCGAGGGCGCGGGAACGGAUGGUGACGUCUUCGUGACGUUGGUCGGGGAGAGGGGCCAAGGGAGGGAGCACGUCCUGGAGUCUGCAGACGACGACUUUAGCCGUGGCAAGGAAGACACCUUCUUCGUGACCGACCGCAAUCUGGGGCGCCUCCAAACGCUCCGCAUCGCCCACAACGGCGACGAGGGCUGGCACCUCGCGCGCGCGCGCGUCACCAACCUCGACACCGACGCGCGCGCGACCUUUGUCUGCAACAACUGGAUCGAAAACGGCGACCCGGAGCAGCGGACGGAGCGCGAGCUCGUCGCCGCGGACGAGAAGGAGCUGGCGCGGGCGCGCGAGACGUAUCUGGUGCGGAUUUACACCAGCGACCGGGGAAACGCGGGGACGGACGCGACGGUGUCGUUUGUUGUGUACGGGGAGGGCGGAGAGAGCGCCGAGCAGCGGCUGCCAGGUUCGCGGGGUCGGUUCGCCCGGGGCGCCAAGACUGAGCACACGUUCGAGUGCGAGGAUCUCGGAGCGCUUGAGCGGCUGCGGGUGUGGCACGAUAACAAGGGCUUCGGGGCAGGCUGGCACCUGGCGCACAUCAUCGUCACAGCAGGCGGCGGCUCGGGAGCGGAGUACCUGUUCAAGUGCAACCGGUGGCUGGACAAGCGCGAGGACGACCACCGCAUUGAGCGGGAACUCUUUGUAGAGAAGCCGGCCCCGCCGGCGCCGCCGGAAAUCCCGGAGCCCAGCCGGACCGUUUCGUUUAACCGCACGAGCUCCGCGCUGUCGCAGCAGGUCGGGUCACCCCGGCAACGGGAACGAAAAGAGGUGGAGUACCGCUUCACCACCAUGACCGGCGCGCGCAUGUUCGCGGGCACUAACGCGCGCGUGUACGCGAGCCUGUUCGGCGACAUGGGCAACUCCGGACCGUCCAACUUCGUCCAAAACCCGCAAAGUUUUCAGCGCGGCUGCCGCGACACGUUCGUCGUGCGGACGCUGGACGUCGGCUUCGUGAAGGCGCUACGGCUGGGCCACGACGGCAGCGGCUUCUUUCCCGGCUGGUUCUGCGAGUCCGUCGACGUCCAAAACGUGACGUCAGGCCAGCAGUGGCACUUCGAGUGCCGGAUGUGGCUGGACAAGCGGCGAGGAGACGGGCGAAUUGAGCGGGAUCUGCUGCCGUCAGCGAUCCCCGGGAAGACGACUUCAGCCGUCCGAUCGCCGACAUCGACGGUUGCGCCGGCAACGAUGGCGCACGCGCAGAGCGCGACAGGGAGGCGGUAA